UUCUGAAUCUAAUCGAGCGGUAUUAGCCUCCCGUGCUGACAGGGGCAGUCCCACGUCAGUGCUGAUACCCUGAUAAUGCAGACGUGAUGAGCGCCUUGACCAAAACUGUGGUACUUUCCAAUGGGCUGCAUAUGCCCAUUUUCGGGCUUGGCACCUCACAUUUGGGUGGUUACAGCCAUUCUGCUGUGGUGUAUGCCCUGAAAAACUGCGGCUACAGACAUAUUGAUACGGCAGAGAGGUACGGCACAGAAGAUAAACUACCACUGGCUAUCAAGGAGAGUGGUAUUCAUAGAGAAGAUAUAUUUCUGACAUCCAAGCUGUGGCCAGCUCAUUACGGCUAUGAGAAGACCAAAGCUGCCUUUCACAACUCGCUUCAGAAAAUGCAGACAGAUUAUCUGGACCUGUACCUGCUCCACUGGCCUUACUGUCCACUUGCUGAGAAAGAUCCAAAACAUACGCUACACGAGUCGUGGAGAGCUCUGGAAGAUCUUUACGAUGAAGGAAAGAUAAAAGCAAUUGGCGUCAGCAACUUCCUAAUUCCUCAUCUUGAAGAUUUGCUAGAAGAGUGUCGAAUCCGCCCCAUGGUGAACCAGGUGGAACAUCACCCUUACAACAAUGAAAAAGCUCUAUUUCAGUUCUGUAAAGAUAACAAUAUUCAGUAUGAGGGUUACUGCCCACUGGCCAAAGGUCGGAUACUUAAUGAGCCCAUAGUUGUGGAGAUAGCUCAGCAGCACAACAAAACACCUGCUCAGGUGUUAAUCAGGUGGUCGUUGCAGGAUGGAAUAGUUACAAUACCCAAAUCUACAAAAGAAUCCAGAGUACUGGAGAAUUGUCAGGUGUUUGACUUCACCCUCUCUGACAGUCAGAUGACCACUCUGCAUGGACUCCACACAGGUUUGCAUGCAUCGUGGGAUCCAUACAGACCACAAGACUUUAUGACGCACAUCGCACAAAUGUGGGACUAGCAAAGGUAUUUGAUUUUAAUCUAGACAGUGUUGCCAUGGCAAUCCUCGAUAAUCUUCACUGUGGUCUGAAGAUGAUUCCCCAAGUCUCCACCUCGAGGUCAUAUCUCUGCAGACAUAUUUGGGAGGAGGACAUCGGCAACACUAGGACUGAU